AUGGGCAAGGAAAAGAAAAUGAAAAAAGAAAGAAAGCGUCGGAGAUCCCCGUCUUCCUCUUCUUCAUCAGAAUCGGCAGAUGAACAAACGAGAAGAAUGAAUAAAACACUCGCAGAGCAGCGACUGCUGAAAAAGAUGGAGAAACGCCGUCAGAAAGAAGAAAUGAAAGCAAACGAAACACCCGAGGAGAAGAAAGCGAGACGUAUGGCAAAGAAGAUGAAAAAGGAUGCAAGCAGAAGAACAGCUGAUGUCGAAGAUUCUUUAAUUCCAGCAGAACUCAAUUAUACAAACCUCAACAAUCCGUUCAACGAUACGAAGCUUACGCAAACGUUUGUUUGGGGAAAGAAGUUGGAGAAAGAAGGAAAAAGUGGACUCUCACAAGAACAAGUUACGAAAGAAGCAAGUCAGCGAAUUCGUAAAAACCUGACGGAAGCUGCAGAAUACAAGCGUAUACGUGAUUCACGUGCUGCUGUGAAAGAAGACAUGGAGAUGAUGAAGCGAGACGCUGAUUUACGUGCUGGACAAAUGACUGAUUCGAAAGAACGAGAGUUUCAACUCGAUCAAGUGAAAGAAAGAACUCGGAUUCGCAUUGAACAAGGAAGAGCAAAAGCGAUCGAUCUUCUUUCUCGAUACGCUCGAUUUUCUGAUGAAAAUACUGAUUCAUCAUCUGUUCCUGAUUUUGAAUUAGAGAACCCCAUUGAGUACAUGAAAUCUACAUGCAAGUCGAUGGAUGAUUACGAAGAUUUGAUCGAAGAUAUCAAAACUUAUCGAGAAUUGGAUGGUUGGUCGAAAAAUGAGACAUGGUGGACCGACAUCACUCGAAUCGCUGAGGAUGAGAUACAAAAGAAAUUAUCGCAACGGAGAGGAGAGGUUCAUACUGGAGUGCAAAGUGAUGUUCAGAACUCGUUCAAGGUGAGUGUUUUACUGCUUUGCAAGUCAUAA